UUCUGGAAAACUGAUGGUUCCACGAGGUCUGUACCCUGCUUCGCAUGUGAAGUACCUCAGGAAAUGACAGACUGUGCUGACUGGUACAAAGCGGGUUACAAAGACAGCGGAGUAUACAGCAUCUCGCUCAAUGGAACUUCGCACAAUGUUUAUUGCAGCAUGGAUAAUGGCGGUGGAUGGACAGUCUUCCAAAAUCGUGUAAACAAUAACGGAUCCUUUUGGGAUAGAUCAUGGGACGACUACAAAAAUGGCUUCAACACAGAACGAAUGACUAAUGUUUCCAACUUUUGGUUAGGACUCGAGUUAUUACAUCAGCUGACAGAAAAAGACAAAGAUGUAACAUUGAGAGUGGAAAUGAUGGGAGAUCGGACUCCAGGAUCUUCCAAAGCAUUGUCGUCUUGGUCCAAUGAGUACACGAGAUUCAAGGUAGCAGGAAAAUCGUCCAAGUUUCAACUGACAGACUUGUAUCUGGACAACCAGGGGAAGGGCACAAGUAUAUGGAACUCUUUGAUAUAUUCUGUUGGCGCAAAUUUCUCUGCGGUGGAUCAUAUCAAUGAUCCUCAGUCGAACUGUGUGUGGCAAUAUAAAAUGGGAGGAUGGUGGUUACGCAACUGUGCCCUCUCGUCAUUGAAUGGUGAUUACGAUUUUACUGAAGCAAACGGAUACGGAAUGUUUUGGAUCAUAGGUGGAACAGAUAACAUCAUUCAUCCCGUCUCAACCAGAAUGAUGCUCAGACCUACGUCUUUUUCAACUUGAACUGAUUAGUUUGCGUCAGCGUCUGAUAUUACUGAUCCACGCAAUAAAGUUUGGC